AUGUUGCCCUCCAAGUUCCCCCACCUCAAGAACCUGGAAAUCAUACUCCAUAGAGCAGCAAUGCCCAUCCCUCCAAGCCGUGACAUCUUCUCUUUGGUUUCUUUUCUUGCUGCUUCUCCUGUCCUGGAAUCUUUCAUUUUGCAGAUAGAGGAGGGUGCUAGCAGACCUGAUCACGUUUCUGGAGACGACAACGAGUAUUCUAGACGAAAGCUAGAGUACCGGCAUGACCGCCUCAGGCAGGUGCUGAUCACAGGAUUCUAUCCAUCCAAUAGCUUGGUCGAGCUCAUGAUCCACAUCCUCGAGAGCGCGGCUUCCCUCGAAUGCCUAACGGUAGACACAAUCUACUUCUCCAAUAGAAGGUUGGGCACCAUUGGCAGAUGCCCCGCCUCAACAAAGGAUGGUCAGUGUUGGGCAAUGAGCAAGAAAAAUGUCGUGGGAGCUCAUAGAGCCGUGGAGGUUGCGAGUAGGUGCAUCGCGUGGAGAGUUCCAAAGCAUGUGCAGUUCAAGGUAGUAGAGCCCUGUAGUCGCUGCCAUAGCAUCGACCAGUAG